AUGGCUAGCAGAACCCAGUUCGAGAACUCCAACGAGGUUGGUGUUUUCUCCAAGUUGACCAACUCCUACUGUCUCGUUGCCGUCGGAGGCUCCGAGAACUUUUACUCUGCCUUUGAGGCCGAGUUGGGAGACGUCAUUCCAAUUGUUCGUACCACCAUUGCUGGUACCCGUAUUGUGGGCCGUAUGACCGCCGGUAACAGAAGAGGUUUAUUGGUGCCAACACAGACCACCGAUCAGGAGCUCAUGCACUUGCGUAACUCGUUGCCAGACUCCGUCAAGAUCCAACGUGUGGAGGAGCGUUUGUCCGCUUUGGGCAAUGUCAUCUGCUGCAACGACUACGUCGCCUUGGUGCACCCUGACAUUGAGCGCGAGACCGAGGAGUUGAUUGCCGAUGUUUUGGGAGUUGAGGUGUUCCGUCAGACCAUUGCCGGUAACGUUUUGGUGGGCUCAUACUGUCUGUUGUCCAACCAGGGAGGUCUUGUCCACCCACAGACGUCUAUCCAGGACCAGGAGGAGUUGUCUUCCCUUUUGCAAGUGCCUUUGGUUGCCGGUACCGUCAACAGAGGUUCUUCCGUCGUUGGUGCCGGUAUGGUUGUCAACGACUGGUUGGCUGUUUCCGGAUUGGACACCACGGCGCCCGAGUUGUCUGUCAUCGAGUCUAUCUUCAAGUUGCAGGAUGCCCUGCCCGACCAGAUUGCUGGUAACUUGAGAGACACAUUGAUCGAGACUUACUCGUAA